GGAGGCGGCGGCUUCACGCUGGAGGUGCAGCGGCAAAGAAGGCGUUUUAUCUCCCAGCGCUGCUCUCUAGAAUUUUUAGAAGACAUAGUGGAAUGUGCCAGUGUACGAAGAACCAAGCACGUAUCUGGAUCUCCAAGACACAGAAGCUUGAAGAAGAUGCACUUCAUCAAAAAUAUGAGACAAUAUGAUACAAAAAAUAGCAGGAUAGUAUUAAUCUGUGCUAAACGAACCUUAUGUGUGGCUUUUUCUAUCCUGCCAUAUGGGGACAGCUUACGAAUCAGUGAUCUAAAAAUAGAAGGGCAGAAACAGCGACAUCCUUCUGGUGGGGUUUCAGUCUCUUCAGAGAUGGUUCUUGGAUUGGAAGGGGUGGAGAUUGGAGCUGAUGGCAAGGUUGUGUCCUAUGCAAAGUUCUUGUAUCCAACCAAUGCCUUCGUUGGCCGCAAAAUUGAUAGUCACGGUCCUGUUCCUCCAUGUCGGUUCAGUGCUUCACGAAGUCUUACAGGCUCAAGACAUAAAACUGUAACAGCUAAAGCAAUACCAUCAGGAACUGAAAUAGGAAACGAAGUGGGUGAGUUAUCAGAGUACAAUCCAAAUCUCCUGGAUGAUCCUCAGUGGCCCUGUGGGAAACACAAACGUGUUCUCAUCUUUGCAUCUUACAUGACCACAGUAAUAGAAUAUGUGAAACCCUCAGACCUUAAAAAGGACAUGAAUGAAACUUUUAAAGAGAAGUUUCCUUACAUCAAGUUAACACUGAGCAAAAUCAGAAGCUUAAAGAGAGAGAUGCGGAACCUGAGUGAAGAGUGCAAUCUAGAGCCAGUUACUGUGUCAAUGGCAUAUGUUUACUUUGAGAAGCUUGUUCUCCAAGGCAAGCUCAACAAACAGAACCGCAAACUGUGCGCUGGUGCUUGUGUGCUGCUUGCAGCCAAGAUCAGCAGUGAUCUCAGGAAACAUGAAGUUAAACACCUUAUUGAUAAACUAGAAGAAAGAUUCAGAUUCAACAGACGAGAUCUCAUUGGAUUUGAAUUUACAGUGCUUGUAGCUUUGGAGCUGGUCCUCUACCUUCCUGAAAACCAAGUUUUACCUCAUUAUAGACGUCUCACACAGCAAUUCUAACCAAAGCUACAUUCCAGCUGAUCACCGAUGGCUCUGGGGAUGAACAGCAUUACUGAACGCUUUGCUUCUGAAUUUGAAACUUGCCACUGUUCUUCUCUAUGCCACAAUGUGCAUCUGAUCAUGUCUACAGCUAGUUUGAAGACUGCAACAUGAUUUUUGAACAGUCAAGAUGUACAUUAGCGAUACAGAUGCCAAGUCUGUAUCAGUAGGUGGUACAGAAAGGGUUAUCUUGAACUUUAUUUUCCUUUGGAUAUUAAAGCACAAAUGAUUCACAAACCAGCUGCCUUGUGGCUACUGGUUAUUCUGUAUUUUCCUUUUCAGUUUUACUAGGAAAUGGUUGGUUCUUCCCUACAAAGGAUGCUAUGUUGUUGUUCUUUUAGAUUGUUUUGACAUUUAUUUUUAUUACAGGAAGCAUCACUUCAUUCCAAAAAAUCAUAAACUUCAAAUAGUGUAGUUGAGAAUGUUCUUUGCAUUUUUACGUUAAAAAUGCAGAUGUUAUUUUUUAAAGAUGUGCCUAAAACUGACUGGUCUGGUACCAGUUCUUCUAAGUUACUUAUGUUGCAUAAUGGUGAAUCCUGAAUUUAAAUAGUAAUGUAUCCUUUACCUGCAUUUGCCUUGCAUAUAGUGAAAAUAAUUCCAGUAUAUCUGCACUAAUAUUACAGAGGGGAUUUGUACUAUAGAUCUAUAGGUAGCAAGCCUGAAACUAUUCUAAGUUCAACUACUUUUAACUAUAUUACACAAAGGUUUGAUUUUUUUAUUUAUUUUUUUAAAAUAAGGAAAGGAAAAUUGUGUUUGGAAAUCUGUCAUGAAAUAUCACACUUGUUGAACAAGAUAGCUGCAGCAAAGCAGCAUAAAGUUCAUUCUUGGAGUUUUGUUUUUGAGUGGAGAUAAGAAAUUGACUUACAUGUGAGAGGAAAUCACCAUAUUGUCAUUUAUAAUUUUGAUUUGUGCCACUGUUUACUAUAGUCUGAAACGAGCACCUUUUUAAACAUGACCUCUCUCUCGUUCUCUGUUCUGUUCACAAGUGUUUCAGCAAGUACUGCUGUCGUUUCCAAACUAAGUCAAUGAAACAAAGUAUGUUCGUUUCUCAAAUUGCUACUUUUUUUUACUCAGUUCUUCCAAGCAUUGUGCCACUGUGAUGGGACUCAUGGAACUGGCAUUUGUUGCACGUUUAAUCGGCCAUUCGGUUAUAAGUUAAUGUUCAGCAGCAGUCUGAUGUUUAUGCAAGGGUUAAAUAACUUCUUCCACUGUUAGCCAGAUACUUGGUUUAAACAGUUCUGAAACAUGUUCUACCUUUAGCGAUACAGUUAGUCACUCUGGGCAGUGGGGGUUCUAAGCAAUAUUAUACAAAUAAGUGUGUGUGCAUGUUUGUGUGUUUGAAAGGGACAAAAAUAAUACUUGGACAUUGAAAAUGUUUGUAAUUUGUUGAAGACUAAUAUGCUAGACCUCUUCCUGAAGUAAGAAGGCUAUCUAGUCUCUGAUACAUGGAGUACUGUAAAUUUCAAUUCCUUGUGUGAGUUGUGGCCACUAAAUAGGAACAGACAUAAAACAAGUCUUGCUAUUCAACCACCUAAGGCCAGUUUGACUUCAAUGAAAUAGGCUCCACUGACUUUGCUACUUUCUCUUUAAGCAGCACUUGAAAGGUAUUUUUUGCUGUAAUACCACUAAAGUCCUAAACCUAGCAGCUCUUUAACAACUUUAGUGCAAGUAAAUAGGCAUCUUCUGGUCAAUGUGCAGGACACAAAUUUUAGAAAGUUGCUUCUCCCUAAAGUGUAAGAUGCAUGGUUAUUUCUUACUAUGGUAGAAUUUUACACACCCUUUAAAUUUGAACGCCGCUAACAUCCAAUUUGCCAACUGACCUUAUUUUCCAAGAGAGAUUAGAAAAUUGUGUAUAUUGAAGUUCUAUAUUGAAUAAUUAAUGCCAGUUUUGUAAGUUCUAUUUUACUAAAGUAUUAGACUAACAUUUGUGGGUUGCCAAUUGAAUUACAAAAAAAAAUGCUAAUUGCAGUGCACUCAAUUUAUAAUGGCCUACAAAUCUACUACAGAUUUCUCCAAAUCAGUCAAUACCUUUUCUUUAUCUAAGCAUGGAAACUUUACAUGUAAUUUAAGUGUUUAGGAAAGUGUUGAUGGUAAAAAUUCUCACAAUGUAUUUGUUCAAAAAAUAUAAUGUCAUGUUACUAUAAAUGUUACUAAAAAUGUCUGAUGCUCCAAGACCAUUUGGGCUCAAGCUGUUAAUUAUAGGAGUUAAAUUGCUUUAAACUAAUAUGUAACAAAAAAAAUGCUCUGGCUGAUAUGUAAACCUGAAGGUCUAAUCCUGCAAUCUUUUCUCAGACAUUGUUGACCAGAAGCAGUGUCUGAGAGGAUGGAAAUCUUUGCUUCAGUGUGUAAAUGGGCAGGUUGGUUGAUUCUUUAAGCAAAAUGCAGAAUUACACCUUCCUUAAAGUAUAUAAUCUUCAUAGCAGCUUUUUUUAAUUAAAGGCGGUACCUGAAUAGAUCCUCAUUUUAAACCUCUGUAUGUGCACUUCCAAACUUCUGAGCUCCAAAGCCCUAGAUAUUAUGGGUGCAAACUGUAUCGUGGAAAUGGUUUACUAUGUGCAGUGUUCACUGUGUGUAAAUUUCCAUUAGAAAUAGAAGGAAAAUCUUCUGUAACAAUAGAAAUCUUGUUUCAAGUCUGAAGAUGGGUUACUGAUCCCAAAUUAUCAUUUUAUCCAACAGUGUACAUCUUAUAUGUUGGGUACCUUUUUCUGUAACUUACCUGUACUGAAAUAGUGAUCCUGUUGGCAAAGGCAGUAACCUACCUGUGUGUGGUGUUUUAUAGGAGUUAGGACUCUAUGCCAGUUUAGGGAAAAGAAUGCUAUUUCAGUUAAGCAUCAUUGUGAUUAUUUAUCUUCCUAUAGAAAAGCUGCCACUGUGUGGUAGAAAAUUAUUACUGCAACAUUAUCAAGGUUCAGCCACAAUGGGACCCAACAUGAUAUUCUGAGAGGUUACACUUGUUCAUGCAAAAAUGUUCUUUUCCUUUAAAGAAAAAUGCUGGUUUCUUACAUGUGGGGGUGUGGUUGAAUUAUGUAUCACAUGUAAAUAUGGUGCUGCUUAGACUCAGCACAACGAAAAGGCUCUUGAUAAGAGCUUGUACAUUUUUAUGUAAAUUGUUAUGGUUUUGUGUCUUAGUAAAUUAAAGUCUCGUUUGUAAUUUGUCUAUUCUUUUUGAUCAAUGAAAUUGUGGGAUUGAGAAGCGGUGAAAUAAAAGUUUUGAUACAUAUUUUGUAA